AAGGAAGGGAAUUGAGACGAUGGUGCACGACAAACAGUUGUGUAAUUGCUUUUGAGAAACGGCUCUUGUCGGAGGCUGUCAUCGAUUUGUCUUUGCCGAGGACAACUCGUUUACUCAGUGUGUGGGAGGAGGCCUGGUCGGCAGUGAUCAUUACUGGACUGACUGUGGGGACCAUGGUUAUGUUGAAGAUCUCUGCUUUCCUCGUUGCCUACGCCCUGGUCAUUUGCCAGAUGUACUGCUCACAAGCCGCCCCUGCCAGACCGGGUUUAGAGUCCAUGUCAGACCGAGUCACGCUCACGGACUACGAGGCGCGAAGGUUACUCAACGCCAUCGUCAAGGAGUUUGUGCAGAUGACGGCGGAGGAGCUGGAGCAGCAGGCAACUGAAGGAAACAGCAUGGACAGGCCCCUAACCAAGCGGUGCUCCAACCUCAGCACCUGUGUGUUGGGCAAACUGUCUCAGGAUCUGCACAAGUUGCAGACGUUCCCUCGCACGAACGUGGGAGCAGGAACGCCCGGCAAGAAGCGCAGUGCGCCUGAGAGCGACAGCUAUGCAAGCUACGGCGAGACGUUUGACAGCAUCUAACCCCUCCUCAUCCUCCCUCAGCCCCUCUUUUACCUUUACUGCAUCUUCCUCCUCCCCUGUCCUAUUUCUCUCCUUAUCCCACUUUCUUCCUUAUUGUUUUUUUGGAUGUGCAUGCUGAUUUUUCCUGCUCGAUUGACAUGAAAAGAAAAUGACUUUUAAC